UUUCUCUAACAGCGUGAUUAUAAAUCUGGUUUCUAUGCAUGGAAUGUUGUUAUUUCAAUAAUAAAUUUUCGAACUAGCAACAACUGACAUACAGGUCUUUAUACUAUAGGAAGGUCAUAAGCGAGACGUCGUUCAUUGAGAGUUAGCAACAGCUCGGAUAAUUUAUACGCAUUCGUCAUCAAUAUGUAAUCAUUUUUCGAAAAGGAAAAAAGGUCUAGAAAACACAGUACAGAUUCUGGGUCUGUUUAAGAAAAACAAGACAAAGGUCCAUUUCACCCAAAAACAAAAAUCAGUUAUACCUACUUGCCUACGUAAAUGCAACUAUCAGUCCAGCAACAAUGCAAGCCAAUACUCGCUCUUGCCUCCAUUUUAGCUUCCAUCGCGGAGAAUUGCCAGUCCAUGAACCACCUCAAGCAAAUUCACGCCCAUUCCCUCCUUACAGACCUCCACAACCACUCCGUUAUCCUUGGCAAAAUGCUCCGCUUCGCUGCUGUUUCGCCUUCUGGUGAUUUACCCUACGCUCAGCGCCUGUUUGAUCAAAUGCCUCAACCAAACACUUUCUUCUAUAAUACCAUAAUUCGUGGCUAUGCUAAAAGCUCAUCUCCUUCUUAUUGUGUUAAUUUGUUUAAUCAAAUGAGGCAGAAUCAUGUUGACCCAGAUGAAUUUACUUUCAAUUUCUUGAUAAAGGCAAGGUCUAGAGUGCAUAAAGUUCAUAACUUUCCUUCAACUUUGGAAUGUGAUGAGAUACAUGGAGCGGUAUUUAAGUAUGGGUUCUGUUCACAUUUGUUUGUUCAAAAUGCAUUGAUUAAUUUGUAUGCGGUAAAGGGUAGUCCAGCAGCAGCUUGGAGAGUGUUUAAUGAGACAGUAGGAGUGGAUGUUGUAUCAUGGUCUGGUUUGGUUUUGGCUCAUGUGAGAGGUGGAGAAUUGGAGUUAGCGAGGCAGGUUUUUGAUGAUAUGCCAGAGAAAGAUGUUGUUUCUUGGACUGCUAUGGUUUCUGGGUAUUCAAAAGCGAAUUGUUCAAGGGAGGCAUUAGAGCUGUUUUGGGAGAUGAGUGAUGCAGGUAUAAGACCUGAUGAAGUCACUAUAGUUAGUGUGAUUUCAGCUUGUACAAAUUUGGGUGAUGUUGAAACAGGAAUGAAUGUGCAUUCAUAUAUUAAUGAGAAUGGGUUUGGCUGGAUGGUUUCACUUUGCAAUGCCUUGAUUAAUAUGUAUGCGAAGUGUGGUUGUGUGGAUAGAGCAUGGCGGGUUUUUAAUAAUAUGAAAAGGAAGAGCUUGAUUACAUGGAAUUCAAUGAUUUCUGCCUGUGCUAACCAUGGAUAUGCUGAAGAUGCGUUUGAGUUAUUUAGUUGUAUGCUGAAUUCUGGAAUUGCUCCUGAUGGAAUAACAUUCUUAGCUCUUUUAAUUGCAUAUACACAUAAGGGGUUGGUUGAUGAAGGGUACAGACUUUUCCAAAUCAUGGAGAGAGAUUAUGGAAUUGAGGCAAGUAUUGAGCAUUAUGGGUGCAUCGUAGACAUGUUAGGCCGGGCUGGCCGUUUAGAAGAGGCAUAUGAAUUAAUAGUUACUAUGCCAAUACCAAGUAAUGAUAUCGUUUGGGGAGCUUUACUUGCAGCUUGUAGAAUCUAUGGUGAUGUCAACAUGGGGGAGAGGGUUGUGAAGAAGCUGUUAGAGUUAAAACCAGAUGAAGGAGGGUACUAUAUUCUCCUUCGUGAUAUAUAUGUUGCUUCAGGUCGUACAGCUGAAGCAAAUCACAUUCGGCAAGCAAUGCAGGAAAGUGGAGCAAUGAAAAAUCCAGGCUACAGUUGGGUGGGGGCGUAAACGUUAGAACUUGUGAUUUAUGCAAAAGAUACGAGGGAAGACAGUUUGUGUCAAUGUUCAUCCUUGAUCCUGUAGAGUUCUCAACAUCUUCAGUGUGUUCUUGGGACAUUUUACGUUUGGAUCUGACAUAUAUGCCUUUAAUUACUCACCAAUAGCAGAUGCACUCGGUUUUCCCCAAAAUGGUUAUCUAUGCUCCUAGUGCCGGGGAAGAUAUGCCCAAAAAAGCUUCUGACAGAUGACACUUCCAGGUUUCAAUCUGUGCGGAAAUGGUUGAUAUAAGGGCACAUCAGAAUUAUGCAUUCAUUGCUGAGUUCACAAUUAGUCAUCUGUUAGUUUCUGGAAGAUAACUGAAGUGAAGACUAUUGCUUUGAUUUUUGACCAUGUAAUAACGCAAUUGAAUUAGUUUUAGUGAGGCAGUACAGAUGUCAUCACAUAGAGGCUUACAUGAUAUCUGACUUUCACUUGAGCUGGGGCAAGCAGAGCAAUGGAGACAGAAGACGCAUCUCUUUUUAGUCCAUGUCUAUGCAAAUUUCCACUUCCUCCAGUUUUUAUGAGCAGUCAGAUACUCAGCUUGCUUUACCAUAGCGUCAAUAUGAAGAAUUGUGAGUGAAUUUAUGGUUAAUUCAUGAGCUUCAGGUUCUAGUUAUGUCGUAUGCUCGUCGGUGCCUGAUCUUGCAUUGUGGCUCUGCAUUGACGCUGGCUCCUGUCACUGCGCUUGCUCCAUUAUUUUGUGAAGAGAAUGGAAAUAUGGAAUUACGCCCACAGGAAUACAAGAUGUUUCUGCAUAAAUGUCUCCCCAAGUCCCUAUGCACUUGAAGUUUUGAAGAGGAACAACAAGGACUCUUCUCUGUAAAAGGUUCUGACGUAAUGCUUCCAUGGUGAAAUUGAGAUAAUGAAUUCCAUUGAGCUUUCUGGGAAGAAAAAAUAUACGAUUGACAGAGAAUCCAUGUCAACAGGAAACACAAUGAAUUGUUUGAUGCCAUAUCAACUAUGUUUUACUGUAUGGGGACAAAUUGUCGAGCAGGAAUUGAUUCUCUUGCAAUGCAUUGCAUUUACAGGCAACAGCCUGAUUUCCUCCCAAGUAAUAUAAAUCCAAGUUGGUUGCAUUGGCUAA